UUCUGCCCGUGGACGCCACGGAGAAAGCAUCGUUGAAGACUUCCCCGCCUCCACUGCCGUCAUGUCUAAAUCAGAGUCUCCCAAAGAGCCCGAACAGCUGCGGAAACUCUUCAUCGGAGGAUUGAGCUUUGAAACAACUGAUGAGAGUCUGAGGAGCCAUUUUGAGCAAUGGGGAACGCUCACAGACUGUGUGGUAAUGAGGGAUCCAAACACCAAGCGCUCCAGAGGCUUCGGGUUUGUCACAUACGCCACGGUGGAGGAGGUGGAUGCGGCCAUGAAUGCAAGGCCACACAAGGCGGACGGAAGAGUUGUGGAACCAAAGAGGGCCAUGUCAAGAGAAGAUUCUCAAAGACCUGGUGCCCACUUAACUGUGAAAAAGAUUUUUGUUGGUGGCAUUAAAGAAGACACUGAAGAACAUCACCUGAGAGAUUAUUUUGAACAGUAUGGAAAAAUUGAAGUAAUUGAAAUCAUGACUGAUCGAGGCAGUGGCAAAAAGAGAGGCUUUGCUUUUGUAACCUUUGAUGACCAUGACUCUGUAGACAAAAUUGUCAUUCAGAAAUACCACACUGUGAAUGGCCACAACUGUGAAGUGAGAAAAGCCCUGUCUAAGCAAGAGAUGGCUAGUGCUUCAUCCAGCCAGAGAGGUCGAAGUGGUUCUGGAAACUUUGGUGGUGGUCGUGGAGGUGGUUUUGGUGGGAAUGACAACUUUGGUCGUGGAGGAAACUUCAGUGGUCGAGGUGGCUUUGGUGGCAGCCGUGGUGGUGGCGGAUAUGGUGGCAGUGGGGAUGGAUAUAAUGGAUUUGGUAAUGACGGAAGCAAUUUUGGAGGUGGCGGAAGCUACAAUGAUUUUGGCAAUUACAACAAUCAAUCUUCAAAUUUUGGACCCAUGAAAGGAGGAAACUUUGGAGGCAGAAGUUCUGGCCCCUAUGGUGGUGGAGGCCAAUACUUUGCCAAACCACGAAACCAAGGUGGCUAUGGUGGUUCCAGCAGCAGCAGUAGCUAUGGCAGUGGCAGAAGGUUUUAAUUACUGCCAGGAAACAAAGCUUAGCAGGAGAGGAGAGCCAGAGAAGUGACAGGGAAGCUACAGGUUACAACAGAUUUGUGAACUCAGCCAAGCACAGUGGUGGCAGGGCCUAGCUGCUACAAAGAAGACAUGUUUUAGACAAUACUCAUGUGUAUGGGCAAAAAACUCGAGGACUGUACUUGUGACUAAUUGUAUAACAGGUUAUUUUAGUUUCUGUUCUGUGGAAAGUGUAAAGCAUUCCAACAAAGGGUUUUAAUGUAGAUUUUUUUUUUUUUUGCACCCAUGCUGUUGAUUGCUAAAUGUAAUAGUCUGAUCAUGACGCUGAAUAAAUGUCUUUUUUUUUUUUUUUUUAAUGUGCUGUGUAAAGUUAGUCUACUCUGAAGCCAUUUUGGUAAACUACCCCAACAGUGUGAAGUUAGAAUUCCUUCAGGGUGAUGCCAGGUUCCAUUUGAAAUUUAUUUACAACUUGCUUGGUGGAGAAGCUGUUGUCUUCAGAACCUUGGUGUAGUUGAACUGACAGUUACUGUGUUGUGACCUGGAGUUCACCAUUUAAAGGGUCACCCAUGCAAAGUCAUGGAGGUUUUUUUUUUUUUUUUUGGUUAUUAAUGAUUGUUGGCACAUCCUAUGCAAUAUAUCUAAAUUGAAUUAUGGUACCAGAUAAAAGUUAUAGAUGGGAAUGAAGCUUGUGUAUCAUCCAUUAUCAUGUGUAAUCAAUAAAAGAUUUAAUACCCUCAAAAAAAAAAAAAAAAAACAA